UAUUUUUGAAUAUGAGUACGCCGAUGAGCAGUGUCAAGUAAAGAUGAAUCGCUUUAGAGAAAAGUAGGCUUACUAGCUGAGGGAAAGGAGGACGUCAUCAUUAUAAUUUAUUUCUGCGAACCAAACUCCACACUGUUCCAUAUGUAGAACACUACUUAAUCAUUUAUUUAUGAUAGUUGAUUCAAACUGUAUUUUUUCUGUUUAUGAUUGAACUACAAAUCCCACCCGGCACCUGCAAAUCGCAGUUUUCUUUCCUGCAGUCCCUGGCCGAGGAAUCAAUAAAUCUUUAUCGGACAGGCGGUCACCAGCGGCGGUGCAUCACCUCUUCAACGAGUUCACAACUUUCCUCGAGGAGCCACGAGACCGCAUCAUCGCAACUAGGGGUUAAGAAUGCGCGUGAACUACAGCUACUCCUCGUGCACCACCGGCGGCUUUCACAUGCCUAAAUAUGGCCGGACUUCUACUCUGAAGACGUAACACACUUGUCUCUCUGUCGUGCCAGUCCCAGGUACAGUUUAGUUUAUUACGGAAGAGAAAAGAGGAACCGGACCGUCCAAGAGCCGGAGCAAAGGUUGCUCCUGUGACUUGACUCUGCGAAUCAGCUUCUCGCGCUCCUGUUGCGGGCUACUUUGUGUUUGUUGACAUGUCUUUUCUACUGUACAGCUGUUGUUGACAGUAUGCUACUAGCCUGCCAGUAAGUUAGCAGUUAGGUCUUUACACGUGAGAAUUAUAUUUUGUUUACUACCAAGACCUAGAACAUUUAAGAAGUAAACGUGUGACAACGUUUGUUGCUCUUUAGUUAGAGGAGGAUAAGAGAAGUUUCAACUGCGCAACAAGACUUUAAAACCGGGUACCAUGUCACACUGUCAGUUAGCUCUCUGGUGCCAAAGCUGACUCACCGGCGCAAUAACAAUCUUCUCGCGCCCCGCAAGGAGGGAGAUUUUACGAGGACCUAAGUGGACCGAACAGAUAGAUGCGUGAGUAUGGAUGACUGAAUCCCAAAGGUUAUCCCCCCUUCCAGUGCUGACAGGACACUGUCCCAGAGACCCUGACUGCCAUAAAAGCUAAAGGACCUCAUGGCAGAGAGUUUAGUCUUGUCGGUUGACUGCUGAUGCCUACACUCUACUGGAGCUGACUCACGGAGACAUUUGGUUGUUGUCAUCAUGAUUGGGUCUCCUGACGUGCUGGCUUUUACCAGUGAGGGGAGUCUGGGGUUAGGGGAUGGGGGGUAUCUAGACCCCCAAGCCCUCCCGGAAGAGUUCUCCUUACCCCUCCUCCCCCCUUCUAACCCAUGGUCCUCCCCGUCUGCCUUCAACAGGGACUUUGUUCUGGUGGCAGAGUUCUCUGAGCAGGUUGGGCCCAUACCUGUCAAGACCAUCCCGGAUGAUCCCAGAGUGAUUGGCUCCUUCGACCUCAACCAUUUCUCCCUCCGCAUCAUGUCUGUUGACUACCAGGCCACCGCCCCUGCCCCUCAGCCACACCCCCAGACAGCUGGCCCCUCCCCUCAGCCCACUGGCCCCUCCCCUCAACCCCACCCCUGUCUGGCAGUCUCUGAGGACUCCUGUGUGGUGCUGGGUGACUCUAAGGAGGGGGCGUUUGCCUACGUCCACCACCUGACCCUGUACGACCUGGAGGCUCGAGGCUUCGUGCGUCCGUUCUGCAUGGCCUACGUCUCCCAUGACCAGAGCAAGAUCAUGCAACACUUCCAGGAGCUGUCCAUGCUCUUCUCCCGCGCCUCUGAGUGCUUGAAGACUGGAAACCGACGGGCUUUCGCUAAUGAGCUGCAGAGGAAGUUACAAGACCUGGAAUAUACACGCUCCAUCCUUCAGAAGGAGGUGGAGCUACAGACCACAGCCAAUCAGAGUGCAGAGAUCAGGGAAGAUGUGGAGCCCCAGAAGACGGCCAAUGAGCUGGCUAACGUGGACCGUUCCAUUCUGGACCACCGGUCCCUCCUCCGCCAGGUCACUUCUUAUCCAAACAGAAAGAUUCAAGACCCUGGCUUCCUUCCCUACGAACCCUCCCCGACUUCAGAAUCCCUCCCCAUGACCCCUGACCCCCCGUCCCCCUCUUAUACCCCCCAGCUGGUCUCCGGGGUGUCACUAGGGGGAGGGGGCUGGUCAGCAAAGCGGUUUGACCGUCGUUUGAAGCCUUUAGACGAGCUGAGCGAUGCUUACUUCCUGUCUCUGACCAUGGAACAGCUGACUAAUGCAGAGUGCCGUCUCCGUGGCGACCAAAGUGUUCUUCACACCCGCCGGGUCACACACACUCUCUCCAGGAAGCUCUCACACACACACUUCCUGUUUCAGCUCUGGGACCAAGAGGACAAUGAGCUGGAUGAAGAGGAAGGGGUGGGGCUUGAAGGAGGAGGAACAGCGGAUUGGCCAGGAGCGAGGACACCCAGGCCUGAGUCAUUCAUGUCCUGCGUGGAGGAAGUGUCCAUCAAACUGGAAACAGGUGAAGGGCCAGUGCUGACCUCUGACCCUAAGGGAGAGGAGGUAACCAUGGAGACGAGGCCAGGCAGCGUGAGCAGUGGAGAGAGUAUUGAGGUUCUGGGGACAGAGAGAUCCUAUAGAACCCAGGGCCUCAGGGACACAGAGUUCAGAGGGGAACCAGCAGAUGUGUGGGGUCAAAGUGACUGUGCUGGUGUUGGGCGGUGGCAUACAGAGGCGGGGAUGAGGCGGGGUUUGCGGAGCCCAGCGCGGCGCACUAACAGUGAAGACAGUAUCGAGGUCAUUAGUACGACAGACUCCAUCUUCCCUGACGACCUUAUCUUUACCGCCAUCAAGGAAGAGGAGCCGGAGUUGCAUAGCAUCAUGGGUAGUGGAGUGCAGGGGAAGGACCUAGACGAAACGAAUGCUGGACCCCAUGGCACUCUGGGUAUUGAAGUCCAGGAAAUGGAGGAAAAUGUGUCAGAGAGGUUGGACACUUUGUCCCCCAUGCCACAGCUGCAGGACACUCUGGUUCAGCAGGGGGCAGUGGAAGGCUCCUCCCAGCUGGACCAGGGUUUCCAUGCCAAUGGAUUCGUCAGAGGUCAGGGUGGGUGUGGCAGCAGGCGUGGGUUGGUGCCUGACCUCCAAGUGAACUUUGCCCUCCCCCUUAGAUUAGAGGUGAAAGGUCAAGGGUCAGAGGAACGCUGGUUGCAUGGCGAUAACUCUUGCAAUUUGAAUGUAGAUGAGGCGUCAGACUGUAUUAGCUACAAUAGCACCUCCCCUUCCUCCUCCGAACCCCCCUCACUACCCCCCCCACAUCUCCAUGGCGUCCACAGUGCUAGAAACCCACGAUGGCGGCAGCACCAGAGAAGAAAAGCGGCACUCGAAGCCCUUCGUUUCCUCAGGCAGUUCUCCUUCUACCAGAAUGCUGUGUUCUGCCUGCUCACCGGCCGACCACUGGUGGUGAUUGGUGGAGACGAGCGUUUGGUCAGGAAGACUGUUUCCGCCCUCUCACUCUACCUGCCCUCACCUGGUUGCUAUGGCGAUGCUGUGCAGCCCUACCUAGCCACACCCCUCCAGCUGACAGACCUGGUCAUCUGGAGGCUCAUUGGAAUCCACAGGACGUCCUCUCCUACAACUCCCAGCAUGCUUCAUUCUCUGGCUCGUUACAGACGCUACCUGGCUGUGCUUGACCUAGACCAGAAGACACUGAGAAGCCCCGCCUACCAAGGACACCUCAUUGGCCGGCUGGCUGACCCCCGCGCUCUGAUAGGGCAUGGAAGCACUUACCUGCUCCACCUAGAGAGCUGUCUGAUGGAGCUGACUGCAAAGGCCUUCUUCUACACCUUUUACACCGUCUCCCUGUACUCCUCCACUCCUGACCCCUCACCUGUAGUUGCGGGGGGAGGUCAGACACCACCCAUCUGCAAGGCCCCACCUGCCCUCCAGUGUCCCAGCAUUCCCAGGGGGAGGGGAAGCAUGCUCACUCAGCACUGCAGGAACUUCCUGUGUGGUCGGGGCUUCAGCGAGGAGGACGACUUCUGUGUGCUUCACUUCCUGUCUGACCUCAUCAAACAGCGACACACAGGAAGUGGCCCUCCACCCCUAUGCUUCUCCUACAGUCCCACCCCUUUACAUAGAAAUACCACAACUUAGAAAUACAUCUCACCCCUUUACAUGAAAUAGUUACGUUCAUGUUUUUCUCUUGCAGUUUGCUGAUGGCAGAGACAUUGAUCCACAUUUUAAUCUGUCUGGUACCUCUCAAAGAUUCUAAAAUCUAGUUUUUAUGGAGUUAAUGAAAGGUGUUCCAGGGGACACUCGUCUCGGGUCCAGAUCUCUUCACGAUGUACAUCAAAGGAUGUCGGUUUAGUUAUUCAAAAAUAAAACAUUCUUAGAGCCAAUCUGCCUUUACAGCAUUGCAAAAAGCCUGUACUGAUUUCAGACUAGUACUGUAACUCAGGUAAAUACUCUGGUUUCUAAAUCGUGUGAAUCUUUCUGAUGAUUUAUUCUUGCCAACGCUGAAGUAUAAGUAUCUGGAAAUCUGAUUACGUUUUCAUAGAAAAAGCAAGUUGGUUAAAAAAUAAAUUGCAUUAAGAUGGGCUUUUUGUAUAGAACUAGGUCAGGUCUGUCAUGACCAGUGGACAUGCAUUAAGGUUUUAGAUUAGGGGUCAUGUGUUUGAUAAGGUUUUAGAUUAGGGGUCAUGUGUUUGAUAAGGUUUUAGAUUCAUUUAUUUAGAUGUCCAUUAGAUGCCAUGUAUCAUGGUGCUUUAUUACAGGUGAGGAAUGCAGUACACAUCAUCUCUACCUUUAUCAGAAAGUAGAUUGGUCCUCAAAUCUUGGAGAUCCAUAAAUUGCACUCAGUGUAUUUAUAAACCUAUAUUUAACCUACAGACAGGCAGGGUGGAGAACCACUAAGAUCCCUAUGAUCUAACAGAAGUUGCUCAGAACUGUGCCCUCCACACAUUAAAUUACUUCCCAAAUAAAAAAAUUAUUGUGCAUUUAAAAAAAAAUAACAGGUAUACACCAGGCAAAGCAAAAUUGGGUGGAAUAGUUACCAAAAAAGGUUGGGAACCAAUGUUUGUUUUUGACCUUUUAAGUUUUUUGCCAUUGUCUUUCUUUAUUGAAUGUUUUUCAUGCUAUAUCCUCUUUUGAAUGUUUUUAUUUUAUAUUGCCUUUGUGAUAUGUAUUUGAGGUUUUGUAAUUGCUUUUUGCAUGUGUUAAAUUUAAGACAAAGAUUCUGCCUUAACCAGUGAUAACCCCCACCUGAGGAGCUGAUGUUCUUUAGGCUCUAGUUAGAUAGCUAGUCAGAAAUCUGGUGCAUAUAUAGUUGGUUUGGACACAGGAAUGUGUUGAAAACUGCAACGGUCUGAUGACGUGUAGUUCCCUGUGACCUGAUGAUGUGUUGUUCCCAACGUGAAUUUGGGUUGUUCCCAAUAUGAAUUCACUUUUUCCCUAUGGAAUUGACUUUAUGCUCAGUAAUUACAUGAGACGUUUACCUCUUGAGAAUUGUUCUUCAGUGGCUCUCUCUCUACACCCACUGGAACAUGUAAUUUCCAUGUCUCAGAGUUUCAGGUAUGUCAUGCAUUCAUCUGCACAGCAACACUUAAUGUUUUCAUUCACUAAAUAAAUUCUGUAAUGGCUGAAUGUU